AUGGCCCCCAUUGCCCCCAUCUCAGACCACACUGAUCCGACUGUACCAGAUGGGAGUGACUUUUCCCCCGCCCCUCUCUGCAGGCCCUGUCACCCACGGCUGCAGGGACAAAGCACCACGGAGAGCAGGGGCAGGCUGGUCACCCCACAGGAUAUAAAGACACAGGGAGAUGAGCCACCAGAGACACCGAGCUUCGCAGAUGACACAGAUUUCUGCUCUGACCCUUCAGUGGCAGAAGACAUCGGCGAGCAUCAGCUGGAGCGUCUGGUGGAGCUCCUGACAUCAACGGAGUGUGAGGACCUCCUGUUUGUCCUAAGUCACCCAGAGGAGAACAUCUUCGAACACCUCGAGCGCCUGUCACCUGAGAAAAAUCAGCUCGACCUCAAGCAUCGAGUCAGGAGAGACGCCUCCUCUGCUGCUGGUGGGGAGGCUCAGUGCCGAACGGCUCUGACAGACUGGCUGCUGAAGUACGGUGAGCAGACCUACUACGACAGGCUUUCCCGUGCCUUGCAGCACAUCGGCAGAACAGACAUCGCCGUCGAAGUGGGGAAGAACAUCAACCAGGAUAAGGCCCUGAGUCUGAAGCGCUACGUUGAAGACUAUCACAAGUAUGUCAGCUCUUUAAAGUUCCCGUCGGUCCAGCCAGACUCAGACAGCCAUCACCAUACAGAGCAGCGGGUCCGAGGGAGAAGAGUGAGGGAUCUCACGUGGCAAGACCUGGAUCUGAUUGUAGAGCAAGUUCCCAUCCCUCCCGACCAGAGCAGGCUGCUGAAUGCAGUUUGGCCGCUGCUUUACGGUUUCUUACUGGGCUUCUUCGGAACCUUCCUCAUGAGCAUCUCCAUCUUCCUCCUCAUCAUCCACAUCUCCUCUAAGACCCAGCUGAACCAUGAACCCAGCAGCUCCAGCCAUAUGCUCAUGGUUGGAGAUGUAAUUGCGUGAGAGGUGGCCUCCACUGGGCCAGCUGAAACCUGAACGGGGGCAACAAGUUUAAUCGGUAGCCAUGC